UCCUAGUUGGGUCUCUAACCUACCUUAUAAAAAUUUCUUCAAGUUUUUGAAGUCUUCUUGUUUAUACCCAAAAAAUUUUCACUACACUCACAUUCAAACUGUAGUUGCAGACAAAAUAUUACUUAGAUCAAUAACCAUGUCGAAACUUAUUUUCUUCGUAAUUAUGUUUAUUUGUAGUAGUAGUGUCGCGAAAAAAUAUAAAGAUGAAGAGAAACCAGCUUGGGCUAAAAAAGAUAUAAGGGACUACUCUGAUGCUGAUUUAGAAAGGUUAUUUGAUCAAUGGGAAGAAGAUGAAGAAACAUUGCCUGAUGAUGAAUUACCAGAACACUUGCGGAAACCUCCAUCUAUAGAUUUGACUAAAAUGGAUAUGUCUAACCCAGAAUCAGUUUUACAAGCUACUAAAAAAGGUCAAACUUUGAUGAUGUUUGUUACUGUAGCCAACAAACCAUCUCGAGCAAGGACUGAAGAGUUGACCAAAAUAUGGCAAACUUCUCUUUGGAGCAAUCAUAUACAGGCAGAAAGAUACCUCAUUGAUGAUGAUAGAGCAAUAUUCAUGUUUAAAGAUGGAUCACAAGCUUGGACUGCCAAGGAAUUCCUUCUGGAACAAGAGGAACUAAAAGAUGUGCAAUUGGAGAGUCAGACAUACACAGGAAAGAAAGCAGAUGUAAGGAAUACAGCUGUAAGAGAUGAAUUAUAGUUCAACUUAUUAAACACAUUUGAAUGAACUUUUGGAAACAGAUCUUAUUGUAAUACAGUGAAUAAAGUUUAAAAGUGGGUAGGUUCAUGGUCUUUUGAUAUGCGAAAUUCAAUAUCUUAACAUAAUGAGUUUCAAUUUAAAUUGCAUUUAUUUAAUAUAUCUAAGUGAUAAUUAUAUGUAUGUAUGAUUUUGUUUGGAAUUAAAUAUUUAAAAUCAAAAUUUACUGAUUUUAAAUGUUUAAUGCAAGUUUGCUAGAAUCUGUCUGAAAUACUACAAUUGUAAUCUACAGAUCUCUUGUCUGCAUAAUUAUGCAAACCCAUGAAAGUCUUUGAACUUAAUUUUCAUAGAUUGUAAGAGAAAACAGAUUAUUUCAUUUUGUAUAUAAAAUUAUUAUGUAAUAAAAAUACUUGGGAGAA